AUGUCGGACUCCUUCCCCGCAGCCUUGACAGGGCCAACGUCGAAGGAGCGCAAAUAUGACCGCCAGCUCCGUCUGUGGGCAGCAACUGGUCAGCAGGCAUUGGAGGAUUCCCGUGUGCUUCUGGUGAAUUCCGAUGGCCCGCUCGGCUACAACAACAGGGGCGUCUCUGGUGUUGCGGGCGUUGAAACGCUCAAGAACCUGGUACUGCCUGGCAUUGGGGGCUUUACCAUUGUUGAUCCGGCAACUGUCACGGAGAGUGAUCUCGGUGUGAACUUCUUCCUGGAAGAGGAGUCCUUGGGCAAAUCCCGCGCUGAGGAAACAUGUCGUCUGUUGAGAGAACUAAACCCAGAUGUGCAGGGAUACUUCUAUUCUAAGAAUAUCACGGAUCUUCUGCAAGACCCAGACUUUCUACCCCGACACAAGCUAGUGAUUGUCUCUGGGCCAACCAAGCGCUCGUCCCUGGCACCUCUUUGCCAUGUAGCCAAAGAACUGGGCAUUCCAGUGCUCUAUAUACAUUCAGUGGGAUUUUUCUCCUCAUUUUCGGUGCAACUGCCAGCCGAGUUCCCCAUUGUUGAAACACACCCGGAUCCAGAAUCAACCCAAGACCUGCGUCUGCUAAACCCCUGGCCUGAGCUCGUCGCCGCGACAGCCAAACUGAGUGAUCUUAAUAGCCUGGAUGACCACCAACAUGGUCAUGUGCCCUACAUCCUUCUCCUGCUCCGCUUCCUGGAACAGUGGAAACAGUCUCAUGACGGAAAUGCGCCAGGCAAUUACAAAGAAAAGACCGAGUUCAGAGAAUUCGUGCGAUCCCAAGCCCGGACUAGCAACCCUGAAGGUGGCGAAGAGAACUUUGAUGAGGCAGCGGCCGCCGUGCUGAAGACCAUCUCACCCUUCAGUCUGCGCAGUUCGAUUCGCGAGAUCUUCGAUAUGGAUGAAUGCAAGCAGCUAUCACCAAAAUCCCAAGAUUUCUGGAUCAUCGCUUCAGCAAUCAAAACCUUCUACGAGUCUCACGCCGUCCUCCCCCUGCCUGGCUCUCUUCCAGACAUGAAAGCCCAGUCUGCAGACUACAUCUCCCUCCAAAAUAUCUACAAGGCCAAGGCGCGCCAGGACGUCGAAGAAGUAACAGCAACAGUACGCCAACUCGAGUCGCAGCUCGGAAGACAAACCCCCGCAAUUCUCGACCGCGAAAUCGAAGUCUUCUGCAGAAAUGCGGCACACAUCAAGGUCGUGCGAGGCCGCUCCAUCCCCCAAGUCAGCAUCGACAGCGACAUAGCAACAUGGAAGACAAUCCGGAACCAGCUGAGCAUGCCGGAUUCGCUAAUGCCAGCGUUCAUUGCGUGCCAGAUCCUGGACUCGGUCGUCGAUGAAAUCCAGUCAAGUGGCCAAGAGGAGAGCCUAUCAGUCGAUGAUUCUGGACUGUGGAAUAGCCAUACACAACGAAUUUUGGCGUUGUUGAAUGGUGCUAAUGGGGACGGUAUUGGCGAGGAUGCGAAACAGCAAAUCACUGAUGCGAUUCAGGAAUUGCGACGUGCUGAGGGUGGUGAACUGCAUAAUAUUUCUUCCUUGACGGGUGGCCUUGUUGCGCAGGAGGCGUUGAAGGUUUUGACUCGGCAGUAUGUCCCGCUGGAUAAUACCUGCGUCUUUGAUGGGGCACGCAGUCGCAGUGAGAUGUACCGGCUGUGA